UGUUAAGUGUCGCAAUAGGUUUUUUUUGGGGGGGAGGGGGGAGAAAUUGAACCCGUUCGUUCUGGAAGGUGUUGGAUAUAUCACGGCAUGCGGGUCAUCCGUACCGACACCAGCAGUGGGGGCACUCGCAGCUCUUCUGCUCCGCCGCCACUUUCCUACGGGCCAGACACCGGACUACUCGACAGAGGCUACGCGGGCUCUUGCUCUGCCAUGCUGAAAGUGGCCCAAAUGUUAUUGUUGCUGGUCGGAUUCAUUUGUGUCAGAUCUUCACAGUGGACAGAUCACAAUGCAUACAGCUACUUUGAAUUUGUCUGCAUAUAUGACUUAAUUAUGAUCUUCAUCUUUUACAUUAUCUACAUCUUUAGAGCCUAUCAAAAGUUGACUUGCAUCAGCUGGCCACUUGCGGAGUUUCUUCAUUACCUAAUAGGUACCAUUCUGCUUCUUAUUGCAUCCAUUGUGGCAGUUGCAAAAAGCUCCAAUUCAGCAGGCCUGGUAGCUGGAGCGAUCUUCGGAUUCUUAGCUACAUUUAUGUGCCUCCUAAGUAUAUCGCUCUCUUACAAAAUCUCUUGUAACACUCAGUCAGCAGAUGCUACCGUGUAAAUCUUUUGCUACUUCAAAAUGUGCACACCUCUUGAGGGAAGAGCUUAGAAAAACAUGCAAGAUGGAAUGGUGUACUGAGAUGACUCUGAAAAGCAUUCUUACUGGGCCUAGAGUGCCAUCUUGUGGCACUUUUGAGCCACUUCUGGGGCUACUGUACAGCAGCCUGUUUCAUCCGGUCAAAUUUUUGGAUCCUGGGAGAGAAGAAUGGCUGCAGUAAAAGAUCCUUUGGGAAGGAAAGAAUCCAUAUUUUAAACAAAGAGAAAUUAUCCUCUUUUAAUUCCAGCUGCCAAUACUUCACAGAUUGAAGACCAAUCUUUAAGACCUAGACCACUAAGGAGAAUCCAAAUUAAAAUUCCAUUAAAAUGGAAAAUAUAUUCUGCAUCAACCCAGCUACGACAGGCAAAAAUUGGAAACAUUCAUCAUGAACCAACAACCGUUGCAUCUCAGAAAUCACCUUCUUACCUCUCUGCAUUUCCUGCCUUCGGGUUCUAGCUCUUAAAAUAGGCAUCUCGUUUAACCUGUGUGAAUAUGAGGCUGCCUUAAUAGGAUGGUUUAAGAUGGUUCCACCCCAAUUUUUGGAUUGUGCUCCCUUUAAUUAGUAUGAAUUUCUUUUGGGGGACAAGAUUUUAAAUGGAUUUGUUUAAUGAUACAGUUUAAAUUUUAUAUUCUUUUGAUUUCUUUUGCUUAGUUUUUAUUUCUCUUGCCAUGUAUUUUUAUUAUAUUUUUUAUAUAUUAUAACUGUAUACCUAUCAAUAUAAGAUCCAUUAAGAAUGAAGAAUGUU